AUGAAGCACCUCGCCGCCUACCUCCUCCUCGGCCUUGCCGGCAACACCGACCCCUCUGACUCCGAUAUCAAGGGUGUCCUGUCUUCCGUCGGGAUUGACGCCGACGAGGAACGUCUCUCCAAGCUGAUCUCAGAGUUGAAGGGCAAGGAUAUCUCCGAACUCAUCGCUGAGGGUUCUACCAAACUCGCAUCUGUUCCCACUGGUGGUGCCGGUGGUGCCGCUGCUCCCGCUGCUGGCGGUGCGGCCGCUGGUGGUGCCGCUGCUGCUGCUGAAGAGGAGCCGGCCAAGGAAGAGGAGAAGGAAGAGUCCGACGAGGACAUGGGCUUCGGUCUUUUCGACUAA